CUCCCUCUCUCUCUCUCUACAUAUAUAUAUAUGUGUAUCUAUUACCAUCGCUUUCUCAUCUCUCUUUCUCUGUCUUAAAAAGUUAUAUAAUCUUUUUUUGUUUUUUUGGUUUUUUUCUCAUGUGUCCUUUCAUUGUGCUUCAGUUGCAGAGCCCCCAUAAAAGCCUAUGUCACAGUCGCCGCCAUUAGCAAAAGUCGUGGACUUUUGCCUAUAAAUCCCUCUUUCAAGACUACAGAAAACUACAACUGGUUACCGUAUGCCAUUGUAACAAAGGUCUAAACCCAUUGUUCACCAACCUUGCACAAAAUGGCUGACAAAAGCCCGGACUUCAACUCACACAAAUUUCCUUCCUCUUCCCAGGUGGUGGAGGAGUUGAAGGAACUAUGGUCAAUGGCACUCCCCAUAACAGCAAUGAACUGUUUAGUCUAUGUUAGAGCAGUUGUUUCAGUAUUAUUCUUGGGCAGGCUGGGAAGUCUAGAGUUAGCCGGUGGAGCCCUCUCCAUUGGCUUCACAAAUAUCACUGGCUAUUCAGUUUUAGUAGGCCUUGCCUCUGGCCUUGAGCCAGUCUGCAGCCAAGCCUAUGGCAGCAAAAAUUGGGAACUCCUUUCACUCUCUCUGCACCGCAUGAUCUUCAUGCUUUUCUUGGCAAUCAUCCCCAUUAGUGUUCUUUGGGUCAAUCUUGAAUCGAUCAUGCUUUUCAUGGGUCAAGAUAAAGAUAUAACCUCAAUGGCUGCAAUAUACUGCAUCUACUCAAUCCCAGACCUUUUGACAAAUACUUUUCUACAGCCAUUGAGGGUUUACUUGAGGUCGCAAGGGGUGACUAAGCCCCAAAUGUGGUGCACAUUAAUGGCGGUGAUAUUCCAUGUGCCGUUGAAUUAUGUUCUUGUGGUGGUUAUGGGGCUGGGGGUUCCCGGGGUGGCUAUGGCUUCUGUUUUAACUAAUCUGCACAUGAUGGUGCUGAUGAUGGGAUAUGUUUGUGUCUAUGGUAGAUGGGAGUGGAAAUGGAAGGCCGGGAUUGGGGGUGGUUGUGGUGGGGUUGGGCCGCUCCUUAAGUUGGCCGUUCCGAGUUGUAUAGGAAUAUGCUUGGAGUGGUGGUGGUAUGAGAUUGUGACGGUGCUGGCAGGGUAUUUGCCUAAUCCUAAGCUCGCGGUGGCUGCCACUGGGAUAAUGAUUCAGACAACUAGUCUUAUGUACACUGUUCCAAUGGCUUUGGCUGGCUGCGUCUCUGCGCGAGUAGGCAAUGAGCUGGGAGCUGGGAAGCCAUACAAAGCCAAGCUAGCUGCUAGGGUUGCAUUAGCUUGUGCAUUUGCUAUUGGAUUCAUCAACGUCAUUUGGACAGUGAUAUUUAGGGAGAAAUGGGGCGGGUUCUUCACAACAGAUGACGAACUUAAAGCUCUCGUUGCAUCAGUUCUGCCAAUCAUCGGCUUGUGUGAGCUGGGCAACUGUCCACAGACCACAGGGUGUGGCAUCCUACGUGGCACAGCCAGGCCGGUUGUGGGCGCCCACAUCAAUCUUGGCUCAUUUUACUUUGUGGGCACUCCCAUAGCCGUCGGCCUAGCCUUCUGGCUCAGCAUUGGCUUCACGGGGCUGUGGCUAGGCCUGCUGUCGGCUCAAGCUGCAUGUGCCGUAUCUAUUCUAUAUGUCAUAUUCUACUGCACAAACUGGGAAGGCGAAGCUGUGAAAGCCUCAGAACUCUCUAGCCUAGAGAUGGGCAAUAAGUGUGGAACUGAUGAAGAGGAAAAGAGAUUAUUGGUUAUGGAGAAGGAAAAGAAGAGUGAUGUAGUAUAGGGGAGGUGAAGGGGAAUUGGGAUGUGUGGGGAAAUGUUGGCAACUUGGACUUGUUUUUUGUUUUCUAUAGUGCUCCAUGUGGGGAAAAAGUUAUAUGCCUGCUUGAAUAUUUGGUUUUCUGAGGUAUGGGGUUUUGUGAUCAUCAGACAAUUUUUAUUCAGGCAGAGAAUUUCAUGCUCAUGGUGGCCCAUACAAAGCAGUUAUAUUACAUAAUUGAGGGUGUAAGACAAUAUUCUUAAUUCUUGCUUAUUCAUACACAUGAUGGUCAAAUCAAACUGAUGAAUGUCCCCCUCCAGCUGCCCAAAUAUUCUUGUAAUUCUGAUGUUGACCAAGUGCUUUGACCCUUAUAUCCACACUAAAAGACA